UCCUGGCGGAGAGCGACAGGUGGCCCAGGUGAAGCGUCCCUCUCCCCGCUCAGAGCGCUCCGCUGCCCGCAGCCAGUCAUGGCUCCAAGACCACAAGUGGGCACUGAUUCCUCCCCCCCUCUUGAUGACAACGUUCGGGUUAAAGAUGUGGCCAUCCUGCCGGCUUACUCCACCGUGGACCUGGUGAAUGAGGACCCAGAUGCAGAAGAUCCCUGGGAUCUCCCAGAGCUCAAAGACACUGGGAUCAAGUGGUCAGAGCUGGAUACAAAGGGGAAGAUUAUGAGAGUGCUGACUGGUAUUUUGAAGGCCGUCACGCUGCUGGGACUUCUCUACCUGUUUAUCUGCUCUCUGGAUGUUCUCAGCUCUGCUUUCCAGCUGGUCGGAGGCAAAGCUGCUGGUGACAUCUUCCAGGACAAUGUCAUUUUGUCCAAUCCUGUGGCGGGGCUGGUGAUCGGGGUGUUAGUCACAGUGUUGGUGCAGAGCUCCAGCACCUCCUCCUCCAUUGUGGUCAGCAUGGUGUCCUCUGGGUUGCUGGACGUUCAGUCUGCGGUGCCGAUCAUCAUGGGCGCCAACAUCGGAACCUCUGUCACCAACACUAUAGUGGCCGUGAUGCAGGCAGGAGACCGGAAUGAGUUCCGCAGGGCCUUUGCUGGCGCUACAGUCCACGACUUCUUCAACUGGCUGUCCGUGCUGGUUCUUCUGCCCCUGGAAGUCGCCACCGGUGUUCUGUACAAACUCACCAGCCUCAUAAUCCAGUCCUUCAACAUCCAGAGCGGGGAGGACGCCCCCGACCUGCUCAACGUCAUCACUGACCCCCUCACCAACGCCAUCAUCCAGCUGGACAAAUCUGUCAUCGCUGACAUCGCCACUGGUGACCCGGCAGCCAGAAACAAGAGUCUGAUCAAAGUAUGGUGCAAAAAAGAGACCAACACGACUUUCUGGAACGCAACAGUGGAGAACUGCACUGCUGGCGCAGUCUGCUGGGACGAAGGAAACCUGACCUGGACCCAGAUGAACUCGUCUUGGACCGAUUACCAACAGAAAUGCAAACACAUCUUCGUUAAUGCUAACCUGCCGGACCUGGCCGUGGGCCUCAUUCUCCUGGCCCUGUCUCUGCUCGUCCUCUGCACCUGCCUCAUCCUCAUCGUCAAGCUGCUCAACUCCAUGCUGAAGGGACAGGUGGCCGUGGUCAUCAAGAAGGUGCUCAACACAGACUUCCCCUUCCCCUUCGCCUGGGUUACCGGCUACAUUGCGAUGCUGGUGGGAGCAGGGAUGACGUUCAUAGUUCAGAGCAGCUCCGUGUUCACCUCAGCUAUAACUCCUCUAGUGGGUAUUGGUGUCAUUAGCCUGGAGAGAGCCUAUCCCCUGACACUGGGGUCUAACAUUGGUACCACAACCACUGCUAUACUCGCUGCUAUGGCUAGCCCUGGAGAAACGCUCUCCAACUCCCUGCAGAUUGCGCUUUGUCAUUUCUUCUUCAACAUCAUGGGGAUCUUACUGUGGUACCCGAUCCCCCUGACGCGGCUGCCCAUCAGGUUGGCCAGAGGGCUGGGGAACCAUACGGCAAAGUACCGCUGGUUUGCCGCCUUCUACCUCGUCCUGUGCUUCUUGGUUUUACCCCUGUCUGUAUUCGGCCUGUCGCUGGCUGGCUGGCAAGUCCUGGUCGGCGUGGCCGUGCCCAUCGUUGCGUUGGCCGUCUUUGUGAUCAUUGUCAACGUGAUGCAGUCUCGCUGCCCCCGCUACUUGCCAAAGUUCCUCCGGGACUGGGACUUUUUGCCGAAGCCCCUGCACUCAAUGGCGCCCUGGGACAAGAUGGUGACCAAGGUCUUCGGCAGCUGUAGCAAACACUGCUGCUGGUGCUGCAGGAAAAAGGACGGUGAAAAGAUUCAGAGCCAGAAGACUCUGGAGAUGUACGAUAACCCAGCCAUGUCAAGAGAUGAGGACACAACGGAGGCUGUUAGAGCAACACACCUUUAAUAUUAUCAAGUUAAAUGGGUAUUGGGAGUCUAUACGCAAUGCAAUGACGUAUUCAUAACACAGCUCUCGGGUUGUGGUAUGUUGAUAAUUACCCUACAUUGGUUUAAAUGCUAAGCACUGUAGUAAACACCACCAUGCAGAGAUUAUGAACACAAGGGUUGCGAUGUUUUACUGUUCAGACUCACUAUCUGCUAAGACUUAAUUAUGGGUGGUUCCGAAUGUUAUGACUUGUUUUUAUAUUUUCAUUGUAUGUGUAAGAGAUUGUUGGUUUUAUUUUCAACUUUGAAUAAGCAUUUCAAAAUAUGUUUUUUGCUUCAGUAUUUAAGACUAUUUGUAAA